UGCUAUAGGUGCGACUUACUCUCAGUGUCAGAAUGGGAUGAGAGAGCAAGCUGAGGGGAUGUUAAGAUGGAUAAUGCCAAGAAUAGACAGUGUAUUGGAUGAUCAUUAUAGACCUUGAUGUUGGAUACGAUGUGCUUCAUUGACUUGUGAUGGGCACAAUAGCAGCAAUGCUUGGGAUGAGCACACCGGAAAGCUAUUGGAUCAGUUUCACCAGCCUCUACUCAUUUCACAAUUGUUAACAGUGUUGUGUGUUAUCCAGAUUCUUGAGAAGAGGUCCUCCACUGGCUGUGUGCUUCUGCUUUUAUCAUAAAUCCUACCUUAAUGCACCAGUGCAUUUUUUUGCCUAAAAGUUGCCAAAUCUUUGCUUAACAUUAUCUUGUCAACCAUUAUUUUUGAAGUAAUUGCAAUUGAUCAGGGCGCAAUUUAUAAUUUGAACAUGUAUAAUUUGCCAAAAAUACAGAAGAUAUCCAUUGUCAAAAACUAAGUGCCUUGGUGAAGUGUGAUAUGAUCUAGAGGCCAUUGAAAUGCUUGUCAAAAUUAGUGGAUUUAUGUACUAGAUACCAUUAAUAGGCAGAAAGACUUUUGUUAUUUGAGCUGUUUAGGUGAAGUCAAGGAGGUUUUAGGUGCAAUAAGUGAUAGGUGUUGAUAGGGGCAACUGAGGUCGACAGUUAUUCAAAUAGCCCUCGGACAGGGCAGUGUUCACAGUGCCUUAGGUCUUGUUCUUCCAUGUUCCUGAGACUUUGAUACCGCCAAAAGUCCUUCAUUUUGCCAUUAGGACACUUUGCAGCAGACUUGCCAGAAACCGACAGCAGAUGCAUUGUCUUGUAAACCUGAUUUACUUUAAGUGAGCUACAUUGAUCAAAUCAAAGGAUAUUUUUGCCUGGCUUGUGCCUAAAGGUACUUCCAAAUACUCUGUUAAGUUCUACAUAACAACAGAUUUGAAAGAAAUUCUGGCAUGAGAAACAAGUGGAUCCUUCCAUCCAAUAGUGUGUCUUCUAUUUACACAGCCAAAUCAUUAUGGAGUGUGUGAUACUGCACCAACUGUGACUUCAAACUUCCCGACCUCAAAUGCAUCCCCAAGUGUCUGUGUUUUGUCCUGAUGACACUCCACGUUACAGGUGUUGAUCCAGACACCCAUACACACCUGACUUACCUGCUGUUAAAGCAGUUGCCCCACCUGUCCCCUUCCAACUUGCCCCCUCACGCCUAUACGCUGGCACACACAGGCAGGGGGAAGGGAUAUGGUCCUCAGCUGCCCCCGCUGAUUGCCCUGGGGAAAGGGGCGCCAUCAUCUUCAUCAUCUUCACGUGUUAUAUCGGUGUCAUCUUCAAGUGGAAGUUUUGUACGGGAGCGAUUAGAUGAGAUUCUUGUUGUCAGAGGACGAGGCUUCACACGCACACCCAUCGAUGACCGCCCACCGCUUGACAGUGUUGAUGAGGAUCCUAUCAUGCGGCAGAUCCUCCAAAGCAUACAUGAGCCAGUGUCAAGCCUCAACACGACCCCAGCCAGCAGUGGGCGGUCAUCCCCAACAAUCGAGACACACAGCGCGCUGUCUGCAUCGCAUGGAGGAUGGACGACUGGCAACACAACGGAGAGGAGCAGUCUGGGCUCCUCCUGCACCUGGGAUGAGUUUGACCGACAGGCAGCAAAAACAGUAAACCAGCUGUUUGAUGAGAUUGAGCGGUUCCUGUUUGAAGGAAGCAGUGAGAACCCAUCCAGUAUAUUCAAGGAAUGUAAGGACUGGAGCACACACUUUCCUCAUCUCAGGGUUUUGGGCACCCAGAAGGUGGUGCCCCAGGAUGAAGGUUUUCAGGAGAUCCCCCAGGACAGCCCUCGACUCUCCUCACCAGGGCUGCUCCUUGACGUCACAGACAACGACAUCUCCAUAUCAGCUGAUUCUCAGGGGCUCAGUGUAACAGGUAGACAGAUGAAGGCGAUGAAGGCGCCAGUUGAUGCUGCUGCCAUCCACACAGACAGGGAAUACUCCAACAAUGAGUAUGCCUAUCUCUUCGAGGAAAUACUGGCACAAGAUGGUGACUACGAGGAGGUCAUUGCCAUCGACUACAAGGAUGUCCACGAAGACUCUGAACACAAGAAGCAGAUCACCCCUCGACGACGACGGAUAGGUUAUCCCCCCAUCACCCCUAAUGCUUGUGUCAAAGAUAGCGUAGCUAGUUCCGUGUUCGACUGUAUGUGGAAUGAGAUCAUCUCCUGGAUGAGGCCAAUCAUUAAGGAGUAUUCCAAUCUAAUAGAAUCCAAACAAGAUCUAGUGCCUUCAUCAGGGUUCCAUGUGUCGCCCAUCGGCCUGCAUGACCCAGGCCGCACAACCAGGGAGUCCUCCUAUAUGGGCUUGAUGCAACCCAGACAGUUCCAAGCACUGUCUCUACAGCGGGCACACACACACAUCGGCACAACAGACCCUCAAAAGUCCAUAGAUGAUUGUCUUCAGAUCUCCAGGGUUACUCUCAAAAACAAGAAUGCACCAGAGUCGACAGAUUCGGAGUCUGUAUCUCCGGCCCGCCCUAGCUCCAGCAUGAUCGGCAAGCGACCAACCAGUGUGAAGAUGCUGCCCUUACCCAGUCGGCGUAAGGCCUUGGCACCUCUCCCUGACAGAUCCAAGACACCAAGUGUGGAGGAGGAGAUGCCAAAUAGUAUCAGCAUCAAGAGAAUAACCCCCGCUCCCAUACAGAAGAACACCGCCCUGCCACCUCUAGCCUACGACCUGCAGCAGGAGAAGGGCAAGCGGAAAAUGAGCUCGUUACGAGUCAGUAGUGCUAUUGAGAAUAAGGAUGUGCGAACACUUCACUUCAACCGAGAGAAGAGCAACCCAUCCAUCGACCCGAGGCCCAGUACAACUCAUGCAAUGAGAUCUGAUACUCCUUUUCAAAUGGGAACUUCAGGGCGGCGGUCGUCAACACCGCUGGGAUACAGCAGGGGUAUGCUUCAUGGCAGCAAGUCUCUGGGAAUCACAGGCAGCAGUCUCCAGCACUCGUCCGACCUCGGCCCUCCACCGAACAUCAUGGAGAAUGAAGGGAUGGAGGAGAGUCCACUACACAACCAGUGGCCACCAAAUGCAUCUCGUCGGAGGACUGUGCGUACUUGAUAGGACACAGUUUCUUGCAAAGUGUGCAAGUUCAUGCCAUCAUUUGUGUCUUUCCACACUCAAGGAACUUACUCCUUCAAUAUAACAUGUGAUACCAAACAGAAGAUGAGGACAUAGUCUGUGAUACAGGGAGAGCCAGCUACACUGAGAAACUAUUAUGUAGAGAGUGCAAGUUGGCAUCUCUUCACAAGCACCUGCACCUGUCAGUCCAGCUCAUAUGUCAGUGCCACAUUCUCCUGCUUCAACCUCUACUGCACAGGAAGUACAUGUUUCAGGAUGUGAUACCACUACCUUGCUAAGCUAAAUGUGGAUGGUAAAGGUUUCUGUUUCAGAUGAAAGGUGAUGUGUAUUCUGCAUGUAACAAUGAAUGGUAUAAAGAGAUCUGUGAUGUGUUGAGGUGUUUGUCCAUAGUCUCAGGGUCCAUGCUUUAAUCUCAACAGGAAUAAGGAGUGUUAAAACUGUGACCUUCAUGCUUCAGCCUUUCUACAGCAGAAACCUAGGCAUCCAUGAGUGUCUGUACGCAGGGGUUGCAGGAGUGACAAGACUGGAAGGAUGUUGCAUCUGCCCACCGAACAUGUUCACAAAGAUCGGACACUGUUCAGCUUUAUUAUAUCAUUCUUACAUCUGUCUGUCUCAGUCUAAAGAAAGACACACAUGACUUGUUUGACAGACUCUGUGAGACUGUGAUAGGUUGCUCUGCUGGUCCAGCUUCAGUGUGGAGCAUCCUGCAGUUACUGUGAUCAUCGUCAACUCUGUCACAUUUACUCAAUGUGAUCUUUACCUCAUGCAAAGUAGUCCUGAACAGCAAAUAUAGAGACCUAUGCUUACAGAUAUUCCAGUAAUGUUAAACACAAUGAUACAGGGACCCAUCACCAUGUGAGACAUAUUGCCUAGUGUAUUGUAAUGUAGAUCUGACAUCUGUCAGCUGUGUUGUGAUUGUCAUAAUGCAUCCUGUGAUAUAUUCGACUAACCUGACACACCGGGGACAACUGCCGCUUAUUCGUGCUAUGCCAACUUAGAGCCAUUAUAGUGAUUGAAGGGAUGAUGUUUCUGUCGCAGUUAUCAAUCAUGUCGCAACCAGGGAAACCAAUGAUUGCUGUCAUGAGCAUGAUCAACAUCGAUGACACACAUUCAGCCAGGUCAGACUCUCUGACCAACAGAUCCUUAUCAUAGCCUUCUCUUCAACAAGCAUGGAGUGCUAAGGAUCACUUCUGCCAUGAUAGCCACAAUGUUAUCUGUAUUCCAGAGGCUGUGAAGAAACUGAGUCAGUUUAUAUUGCUAUCAUGGUUACAUUAACCGACAAUGACAUUAGCUUCAAAGGGAUAUAGUAAUGUUGAUCUGUAGGGCCAUAGUACCUUGUUUUGUUGAACCUUUCUGUGUAGUGCUUCCUUGUCUGCUGUGAUUUAAAGACAUUGUUCUCUGUGCUGGUGCCAUGCCCCUGCGGUCACACAGGUCGGCAGUAUUGGAGGGGUGGCCAGGUAACAUCCCUGGUUGUUUUCCAUACAGCAAUUUUCUCUGACUUGGGAGGUUUAUCUAUUUAUGAAGCUGGAAAAACACUGAAAUAAUUAUUUUCCUUUCUGACCCAGCCUCAGCAUUAUUUGAUAUGAACUAACAGGGACAAACCUCUCUGUCAAUACUGAGUAAAUGGCAUAAAAUGUAUUUAACAAAUUGUUAAUAUUUUUCUUGAAACUGCAUUAUAGUUUGCUUGUGAAAGCAAAGGAGCAAGCAACACUUUCCAUUCUGUUCAGAUCAAUAUAUAUUCAAGGACUUUGAUUCUUUUUCUGAAAUGUAGAAGAUCUCAUUCAAAUUUGGUAACGAUACAAAAGAUUGUCCCAACAAGCAUUGAUGAAAUCAUGAAGAUGUCCUGAUGAUAUUUGCCAUUCAUCAUGGUCUUUCUUCAGAAAUAUACAGUCUGAGUCAAAGUUCAGUGUUAAUGUUACUAAGAUAUAUUGGACUUUGGUUCAGCCCUGUUACAUUUGUUCCUGCAUCUCAGCACAUUGACCUACAAAUGUUUCAUAAGAGUAAAUAAAACUAGUUGAGUUACAGAAAUUAUAGUUGACAGAGGCAGCCCUUAGGUACAUCCACCAGCUCGAGAACAUGGUUAAUGUUGACAUGUGUUCUGUUAUUCAGGAUCCUAUGAUACACUGUGUAGUUCCAGUAGGUUGGACCAUUACAUAUGCUUUGUGGAUUUAGGACCCACAUCUGUACUGUCAAGUUGCUUGUGCUGCUCUUCUCAUCUUAUACAUGGUGCCACAAUCAUUAAUCAUUAUGCAUAAGGUCCUUGAUGUAAUUUGUUUCUAUGAAAGUGCUACUGAUGUAAAUAUUGUACAGACAUGUUUGGACGUUCCUUAUAUUCAUCUAGCAUCAUGAACAAAACUACUAACAUAUAUACUACAGAUUCACCUACAUACGGGUUACCUAAUCUUUCUGUAUGAUCGGACGAUAUUACACUUUCUGUUGAUGACUGGUAAUCUCUGGGAGACUAGGAAGGUAAUCAAACAUACUUGCCAUGUGAAAAAUGCUUCUAAAGACAAAUGUUUAGAACAAUAGAAAACAAUAUAAUAGGUUAUCAGUGUGAUGGGAAUCGGUUUCUGAGUACAUGUUGUUCCAUCAGGUUGUAAUUAAAUCCGAUUAUAUGGCUGCCAAACAUUAUUAGUGAUGUUGUGAUUGGCGUACAUACUCCAUAAAAUCAGAUCAGCAAGAGUUGUUAGGAUGGAAAAGCAAUAAUUGUCAUGUUAGACUAGGGUGGGUAUUUCAACAUUAAUGCAACUUGUAGCCCUCCUUGCAUUGUAGUAAAGAAUUUAUAACUUAAGUUGGCAUGUUGCUGGAGUCAACCUUAAGUUCGUUUUUUUUUUCUGAACAAGUAAAAUAGAAAUAUGAAUGACAGUUCAUUUUUCAUAAAAUGAGGGCACUUAUCUCCCAUUUGCUUUUCUUUAUGCAAAAAAUGUAGUUGUUUUCUCAAAGGCCGAUCCAAUGCAGAUAUUACAUUAAAAUAGGAUAAUGGUGGAAACUAUUUUCAAUGUUCUUGAUGAAAUGACAUUGUUUAGAAAGGUAUUGGCUUUCAUUGAGGAAUUAUCACUUUUCUAUGAAUCUUAAGCAUUGUGUAGAUAAUCUGUAUCCUCAGACUAAUCUUUGUAUGGACUAAUGUGGUUCAAGAACUAAUGGCUUAUACGCAUAUUGUACGAUGUACUCAUUUCUCAUUAUCAAGUUUCAAUGUGAUUAUUUCUGUUACUAGGAAUGUUAUGAAGAACUGGCAGUUGUACAUAAGAAAGCUUUGUGAUUACAUCAAUGUAGCCAUGUGCAAUAAAUGGAACAGCCAGAUACAUAGUUGUAAAUAAAUACAUUUCUCUUAUCAAA